AAUUACUUAAAGUUGUUCUUAGAUAUAAAGAACAUUUUCCUGCUUUUUUAAAAGAACAUGAUAACUAUAUUAUAAACGCGGCUGAGAUCGACACUUGCGAAAAAAUUUGUAAUGUUUUGAUAUAUUUUUUUAAUGCUACUGAAACUUUUAGUCAUGUUUAUAAACCUACCGCAAACCAAUUUAUUCCACAAGCUGUUAAUCUCGCCGAUGCUUUUAAAGAAUUUCAUAAUGCCGUUUUCGUUCAUUAUUUUUGUGAUCAUAUGAAGGAAAAGUUUUUAAAAUAUUAUGUGCAUAUUCCCCAUAUUUAUGGUAUUGCAUUUAUUCUCGAUCCUCGGUAUAGACUUGCUAAUUUGGAAGAUUGUUUCAACUUCUAUUAUCUUGCGUUUUUCGGUGAAUUUCCAAUGUAUGACGAUAACCCCAUAGAUCCGAAAACGGAAUACAACGAGGUUAGUACUUUAUUCUAUGCCUUAUUUAAUGAGUUUCGUGCACAAUAUAGCAACGCUCCCCCUCCCCCGUCACGAACAUCUUCAUCUAAAGGAAAAUCGAUUUUUAAAUCUGCAUUUGGCAAUCUUAUGAAAAAAACUAAAACAACUCACGUCACUGAACAAAGCGCAUUGAAUGAGAUAAUGAUGUAUUUAAGAAAAUGAUGACUUUGACGUUCUAGACUGGUGGAAGUCAAAAGAAAGAACGUUCCCGAUUUUAGCACGGAUGGCUAAGCAAGUACUAUCAAUGCCGGUUUCAACAGUUGCUGUGGAACAAGAAUUUAGUUCGGCCGGCAACGUCCUAACGGCAUCUAGAUCGAGAUUGAGCGCGGAGUCUCUUGAGACGCUUAUAUGCUACCACGAUUGGUUGAAGGCCGCACGUAGAACUCAAGAAUUGAGCAUCACCCCCC